GGCGCAGGCGCAGAUCUGGGGCGGCCGGAUCAGCUGACCAACCGAGCACUCGAGCGGACUUAGGCCGCUCACCUCGGCUUGAGUCGUCGCCGCCAUGGCCAGUCAGUCGCAGGGUAUUCAGCAGCUGCUGCAGGCCGAGAAGCGGGCCGCCGAGAAGGUGUCGGAGGCCCGCAAGCGAAAGAACCGGAGGCUGAAGCAGGCCAAAGAAGAGGCUCAGGCUGAAAUUGAACAGUACCGCCUGCAGAGGGAGAAGGAGUUCAAGGCCAAGGAAGCUGCGGCUCUGGGAUCGCACGGCAGUUGCAGCACUGAAGUGGAGAAGGACACCCAAGAGAAGAUGACCAUCCUCCAGACCUACUUCCAGCAGAACAGGGAUGAAGUCCUGGAUAACCUCUUGGCCUUUGUCUGCGACAUCCGGCCAGAGAUCCAUGAAAACUACCGCAUAAAUGGAUAAGGGAAGAAGAAAGAAGCACCUAUUCCAUGGAUUGGCCUUUAGACGCCUCCAUGGAAUAUGAAGCUUUAGCAAAGCUUGAGUUAUAUUCUUGUGAAAGGCAUUAAAUUAUUUCUGUUUAUUAUAUACUAGGUCCUUUUACUUUUUGGAGAAUAGCAAACCUAGCUUCUUUGUAUAAACUUAGAGCUUAUCCAAAGAUUUCAUCUUUUUACCUCAUGUUUCUUAGAAAUUUAAGGGUAUAUGUUGUCUGUUUUCUUAUGCCUUUUAGCUCAAGCAACGUAUGUAUAUCAACACUGACGUUUUCUUUCUUAGAUGUAGUAAAAAAACAAACUUUUUAAGAAAGAAAGGGAUUAAAUGUUUUUUCCCCUAAAGCUUUCUUGAAGGUCAGGGGCUUUAUCUAUGAAAAAGUAGUAAAUAGUUAUUUGUAAUGUGUGUAAAGCAGCAGCCAGCCUUAAAUAAUCCUUUUUGGCUAAGGGUUAGAACAAUGAAUAUUAGCAUAAUUGUUUGGGUGGUUUCUAGUAGUUCUUAAUCCAAAUUACUAGAUGAUAGGAUUCAAAAACUUGUUACUUGUUAUUACUUGGUGUACUGGUAUAAUCUUUUAAAAGUAAAUGAUUUUAUCAUGCA